CGUCUCCCUCUCUUCUGGUUCCCCCAAUUUCUUCCGCUUCCAUUCCCAACGUGUGCCUCUUCUUCCUCUUCCCUUCCAGCUUCUGGCACGCAUCCAUCCAUUGGCACCAUCAAUUGCCAGCUGCACCGCCCUCCUUUAUUUCUCCGUCUCGUCAAAAUGAACGCCUCUAGCAAGCUGGCUGGUGCCGUUGCCCGCAUGAGUGCGAAGCCUGCGAUGGCCCAGACUUCUCGUCUCCCGAGCUCCAUCCUCCGCUCGACGUCCAUUGCCGGCCGUCACGGUCUCCUCCUCAGCCAGGGCCGCAAUGCCUUCGCCCCUGUCAUGAUGCGCUCUGCCACCCAGUCUCGCGGUGUUGUCGCCGAGACUGCCACGGCCGCCAUCCUCGCUGCUGGCAAGAUGCAAGGUGCUGGUCUCGCCACCAUUGGUCUGUCUGGUGCUGGUGUCGGCAUUGGCACAGUCUUUGCCGCCCUCAUCAAUGGCACCGCCCGCAACCCGGCUCUCAGGUCCCAGCUCUUCUCGUACGCCAUUUUGGGUUUCGCCUUCGCCGAAGCCACUGGCCUCUUCGCCCUGAUGGUUGCCUUUUUGCUUCUCUUCGCCUACUAG